CGUAACAAAACUGCAUAAAUGUAUAAAAUUUAUGCAAUCCCGCUGGUUGGCACCGUACAUUCAGUUGAACACGGAAUUGCGUAAAAAAGCGACCACCACGUUUGGACAAAACAUGGCUAAACUGAUGAUCAACUCAAACUAUGGAAAAACAUUGGAGAACGUACGGAAACACCAAAACAUACAACUCGUGUGCAACCCGAAGAAACUGUCGAGGUUAGCGGCAAAACCGUCGUUUAGUCACACCACCGUAUUCAACAAAAAUCUGGUUGCAGUGCACAUGUACAAGGAGAAGAUCAAUUUUUACAAACCCAUUUUUAUUGGACAGGCUAUAUUGGAUAUAAGUAAAUGCAUAAUGUACAAGUUCCAUUACGAGGUUAUGAUGCCGUUGUACGGACCAGAGCGACUCCUACUCUGUUACAUGGACACCGAUAGUUUCAUUUACCUGAUAACGACCAACUGUUUCCACGAUGAUUUGAAAAAGUACUUAUUCGAAUAUUUCGACACGUCGAAUUACCCGAUCGACCACUCUUGUUACACCAAUCGACGAAAAAAACAACCGGGCACGUUUACCGAUGAAUGCAAGGGUAAGCAUAUGCAAGAAAUUAUCGCAUUGUUACCCAAAGUGUACGCUUAUUCAAUCGCUAUACAAAAUUACUACGACAGGUUGUUGGUUACGUGGCAAACGGACGAGGUGAAGCGAUUGAAAGGCAUGAGCAUGGGUGUGGUGAAACAUGAAAUCAAAAUGGUUGACUAUUUGAAUUGCUUGCGUGGUAAACUCAAGCAAACCCGUAGGAAAAUGUCCGUAAUACGCACGAAACACCAUAGUGUUUCGACAGUUGAAAUUAAUAAACUCGCGUUGGUCAACAACAACAACUACGAUAAGCGGGCGUUAAUCGGUGACGAAGGAGAGUAAAAGGACGUGUAUACAAAAGCGUGGGGGCAUUAUUCUCUAGGCAAUGACGACGACGACGAAGAAACAAAUUAACUCAAAAUUGUACAUUAGUUUUAUUUAAUAAAAUAAAUCAAUACAUUUUUUGUAAUUUUUUAACCAAUUUUUUUUUUAUAAAAAUAUGUAAAUAAAACAAUUACGAAUUAUCCGUUAACCAUUGUUUCAAACACAUUGCUUUAUACAAGCUACACAUUUCAUGAUUAUUUAUGUGACGAAUACAACGUGGUUGGAAUUCCACACAUAAUUUCCGCAGUGGUGGAC